AUGAGCUCCUUCCUAGAAUACCCCGUUCUUGGCGGCGAGGCGGGAGGCUGCGCCGGACGCGCCUACCACCCCGAUCACGGAAUUACAACUUUCCAGCCCUGCGCCGUCAGCGCCGGCAGCUGCAGCGGAGAGGACCGUUUCCUGGCGGGCCGCGGGGUGCCCAUCAGCCCCCACCGCCAUCACCACCACUCCCCAGCCCAGCCUGCCGCCUACCAGCACCACGGCGGCCUGGGGGUGUCCUACGCUCACCCUGGCUGCGGCCCGACCUACGGCGCGCAGGGCUUCGGACCGGCGUACGGCCCCUACCCCCUGGGGCAGGACGCAGACCUGGGCGGCGGCUUCCCUCCUUGUGCCCCCGCCGUGUACUCCGGGAGCAUCUCCUCCUCCGCCGCUGCGCAGCACCCGCAUCAGGGCUACGCGGGGGGCCCCGCUCAGUACGUGCCUUCCCCUUACGGGCAGGAGCAGCAGAGUCUGCCCCUGGGCACCUACAACCAUACCUUGUCUCCCCUCCACGCUGGCCACCGGGAAAACGCCCGCUCCCCCUCCGCCGAGACCUCGUCGCCGGCACAAACCUUCGACUGGAUGAAAGUGAAAAGAAACCCACCCAAAACAGGCAAGGCUGGCGAGUACGGCUUCGUGGGGCAGCCCAACACCGUCAGAACUAACUUCACCACCAAGCAGCUCACCGAGCUGGAGAAGGAGUUUCAUUUCAACAAGUACCUGACCAGGGCCAGGCGGGUGGAGAUCGCCGCCUCCCUCCAGCUCAACGAGACGCAGGUGAAGAUCUGGUUCCAGAACCGGCGAAUGAAGCAGAAGAAACGGGAGAAAGAGGGGCUGCUGCCCAUCUCUCCGGCCACCCCCACGGGCUGCGAGGAGAAGGCGGAGGAGUCAUCGGAGAAGUCCUGCUCCUCGCCCUGCAGCGCCUCGCCCUCCUCCUCCGCCUCGGACACGCUCGCUGCCUCCAACUGA